GUCACGUGCAGGAUGUGCUACUUAUUAUGGAUGUAUACAAACUGGCCUUAAACUUCAAGCUCUCUCGACUGGAACAGCUCUGCCUUCAAUAUAUUGAAGCAUCCGUAGAUCUGCAGAAUGUGCUCAUUGUGUGUGAAAAUGCUAACAAGCUUCAGCUGGAUCAGCUAAAGGAACAUUGCCUGAACUUCGUGGUGAAGGAAUCACAUUUUAAUCAGGUAAUAAUGAUGAAGGAAUUUGAGCAUCUGUCCUCAUCCCUCAUUGUGGAGAUUGUACGGAGAAAACAGCAGCCGCCUGUUCGAACACAUUCUGAUCAGCCGCUUGACAUAGGAACAUCGCUAAUUCAGGACAUGAAGGCUUACCUAGAAGGAGCUGGGACUGAAUUCUGUGAUAUCAUCCUUCUCUUAGAUGGCCACCCACGGCCAGCCCAUAAAGCAAUCCUAGCAGCCCGCUCCAGUUACUUUGAAGCCAUGUUCCGUUCCUUCAUGCCAGAAGAUGGGCAAGUGAAUAUUUCUAUAGGCGAAAUGGUUCCCAGCAAGCAAGCGUUUGAAUCUAUGCUUAGAUACAUUUAUUAUGGAGAAGUUAACAUGCCUCCUGAAGACUCCCUCUACCUCUUUGCUGCACCUUACUAUUACGGCUUCUCCAACAACAGACUGCAAGCCUAUUGUAAGCAGAACCUAGAAAUGAAUGUCACAGUGGAGAACGUACUCCAGAUUUUAGAGGCAGCUGACAAGACCCAGGCCCUGGACAUGAAGAGGCACUGCCUGCACAUCAUCGUUCACCAGUUCACCAAGGUCUCCAAGUUGCCAAAUCUCCGCUCCCUAAGUCAGCUACUCCUUCUUGACAUCAUAGAGUCGUUAGCUAACCACAUAUCAGACAAGCAGUGCGCAGAGCUGGGCUCAGACAUAUGACAUGCUUUGGUAAUCGAACUUUUCAUUUGUUCCUCAAAAAAACUAGCACUUUACGGCUGACUCUCUUUCUUUUUUACCAUUCCAUACUGAGCUGCUCAGAGUGUCUACACAAUAUAGCAGGCGGCCAAGAGGAGCGUGGACGGCUGACUUGCUCUCCCGUGGAUUUGCUUGGUUUGUACCUUUGUGGAGAAGGGUUUGGUUUCUGUUACGCAAAUGUAAAAUUGAAACCAUU